AGCACGUGGACGUUCGCGCGCACUCAUCGAAUGUCAGCUUUAUGACGUAUCGAGAACCCAACAGUUCAAACUGUAGACAAACUUUCGGCGUGAAGAAGCUUCAUAAUCAGAUACUCGGAAAUAAUUUGAACAACGUGCAGUUUGCAAUUGUGCUAAACGGUAAAGACAUGACAGAAUUUAAUUCAGUGAACAGAGGGAAAUCUGUGGAAAUCGUUUCGUUGCUUCAACCGGAUAAGAUGUUGGAGGAAAUGGGAACACUGGAUUGCAGGCAUUUGAAACUGCCUCUUCUGACCCUGGAAAAUCUUGGAAAAGUCAUCACCCCCUAUGUGAAAGAUGUUUCACAGGAUCAGUGGGCGUCUUUAGCCGAUGGUGACCCUGGAUCAAAAGUUGUCAUUCUCUUGUCCAGCAUGUGCCAUGCGGUUAUAGAAGAAAUAAGCGCCUUGGUCCUGGAGGUUGUAGAACCUCAGGUUCUUGCCAAGGGGCACAAUCAUGCAAGUGGAGAUAAGGUAAGUUUGCAGGAUGGGUGCAGCUGCUGCAGAGUAACAGAAAAUAAUAUUCAAGCCAGCUUCAGAAACACCCUUCAUCACUGUUUUGGUGAAGCCCUAUCCAUGGCACAAGGUAAGUCCUACAACUCGGAUAUAUUAGUAAAGCUGUUUUCAGCAGAAAUUACUAAAAAAGUCAACACGUCGCUGGCUCGUAUCACAGGGCCAGCUCCUACCCCAAAAACUCAUGACUCAGUGACAGGUAUGAGCAUUAUACAAAUGGUGUAUAAUGUGACUGAGAUUUUUGAAUGCAUCUUGAAUAUCAGCCGAAAAAUCACAGACAGGGCAUCUGACAGCAUGACAUGCUCAGACUCUAAUUGCAAGCAGAUUUGCUGUCUAGAUGUGGAGGAGGAGGAAGAUGCAGAAAUCCCACAAAUAAGUGACUGUUCCUUAGAGAAUUCACUGUGCAUGGAUAAUCUGAGUCCUCCUCCAACUCCAGAGCUCCCUAAGUAUUCAGAAACAUUUGUCCCUUCAGCAUUGAUUUUAGCCUACCAGGAGAAUUCUUCACCAAGUCUGGAGUCUCCUGACUGUCCAGUCAACAUGACCUUUCUUACUGUGCUUCUUGCUAAGUUAGUCGACCAUAUUGCAUCAAAAACCAGAAGAUCCAUACUAAACGUGGACCUGGUUGCAUUAUUGGGUGGUGUAACAAUGAGGGCUGAAAAAGAACUGGAUUCCAUUCCCCCACCAAGUGUUGAAAACCUGCACAUCCCCAUCUAUAAAAAGCUGUGCAAGGUGUUUGGAUCCAAAUACUUGUUGCAGGCUGCCAUGGAAUCUGGUGACGAAGCAUUUGAGAUUGCUGUUUCAGAGGUUUUAGUGUCACAGCUCCAGAAAUCUUUAGUAAGGUCAAAGAAUUCUGGGACCAUAUGGAGAGUUGUCAAGGAUGGUAAACUUUCUCCAGUGCGUGAGAUUCCAACACCAGAGUCCCCCACUGAAGAAAGUAAUGAACCAAAAAUACCCCUGCCUUCAAACACAUCACCGGCCAGUACUCUCAAGAAGAGUACUGGCUGGUUUUCUCGUCUGUUCAACACGCUCAAUAGAGCCCUGGACAGUGACAUUCACAGACUUGACUAUACAGUGACAAACCCACCCGUCUGGACAAACCCUGUUCUGUAAUUUUUAUCUUGAAAACUGAUCUGAGGCUCAUUUCUCAAGAUAAAAAUAAAUGCAAUGUAGGGCUUGUUAAAAUACCUUUUAGAAAGUUAAGUUGACAAAGGAGAUCUGGAAUUUUAAAAAGACCUACAAACAAUCCUCUUUUCAAAAAGUUGGGACAUGUGCAACUAUUUAAAAAUAGUGCACAGAUAAUGAUUAUUGGACACAUAAGCUGUAAUGUUAAAUGUAAUACAUUGGAUAAUUAAAAAAAUACUAAUUUGCUUUCUUCAAAACACAAGGUAAGACAAGAGUACACUAACCAUCUGUCUGUCACUGGCCAGUUGUUCAUAUCUGACUGUGUCCAUCCUAAAUUAGCUCAGCUUGUUUAAACUAGUGUCCAGAAUACUUUUGUCAUCUGAAUGAGUGUACCAACUUUUUGGAAAGAAGGUUCUCUUUUCCAUCACCCCCAACCGGUCGCGGCAGAUGGCCGCCCCUCCCUGAACCUGGUUCUGCCGAAGGUUUCUUCCUGUUAAAAGGGAGUUUUUCCUUCCCACUGUCGCCACGUGCUUGUUCAUAGGGGAUCAUCUGAUUGUUGGAGGGUUUUUUGUAGGGUCUUUGCCUAUGGUGCUAUAUCUCUAUAACAUCGUACUGAAUUCUAAGCACCAUAGUGGUUCUGUGGGUGUUCACCAGAGGAAGGUUUUGGAGUAUUUUGCUCCCUCAGCCGCUCUCUGGUGUUCACCCUGUGUUCCUGGCUUUCCUCCAGAUUCUCCUAUUGGAAAUUCCAAAUUUAAAAAACAAAAAACAAUUGGAAAAUAAAAGACAAAAACAACUGAAAAAAA